AUGGCAAAGGCUGAGAAACAAUCCAAGAAAAUAAAGCGCAAGCACGACGUCUCCGACGAGACCGUCAAAUCGUUAAAGAAAGCCGAAGUAAUCGAUACCUCGGAAAAGCCGAAGAAGCAAAAGACCGCAAAUCCUAAAAAGGACGACGAGGAGAACGAUGUCGAAGAACCAAUUGAUCAAGUAGAGGAGGAACAGGAAGAUGGAGAGAAAGAACAAGAGGAGGGACAAGACAACCAGCUCGAGGAUUUACCAUCGGCCAGCGCAUUGUCGCUACCACAGACCGGUGAUUCUCUACCCACUAAGUUUACGGAGUUGAAUCUUUCAGAACGCACACUUGAGGCUAUCAAGGAAAUGGGUUUCGAGACCAUGACAGAAAUUCAACAACGCGCUAUCCCGCCAUUGAUGGCUGGUCGUGAUGUUCUCGGUGCUGCCAAAACUGGAUCUGGAAAGACAUUGGCGUUUUUGAUUCCCGCGAUCGAAUUGCUCCAUAGCCUGAAGUUUAAACCCAGGAACGGCACCGGAGUUCUUAUUUUGUCGCCUACGAGAGAAUUGGCACUUCAGAUUUGGGGCGUUGCCCGUCAAUUGCUCGACAAGCACUCUCAAACCCACGGCAUCGUCAUGGGAGGAGCCAAUCGACGAGCGGAAGCCGAGAAGUUGGAGAAGGGUGUCAACCUCCUAGUCGCAACUCCUGGACGUUUGUUGGAUCAUUUGCAAAACACUAAAGGCUUCGUCUUCAAGAACCUUCGCCAAUUGGUCAUUGACGAAGCAGAUCGUAUUCUUGAAAUCGGUUUCGAAGACGAAAUGAAGCAAAUUAUGAAGAUCCUCGGCAACGGAGAGCGGCAAACAUCCCUGUUCUCUGCUACACAGACUACCAAGGUCGAAGAUUUGGCUCGAAUUUCACUGAAACCCGGUCCUCUAUACAUUAAUGUUGUCCCACGGAUGGAGAAUGCGACCGUCGACCGAUUGGAGCAGGGUUACGUUGUGUGCGAACCAGAUAAACGAUUCCUCCUACUUUUCUCCUUCCUCAAGAGAAAUUUGAAGAAGAAGAUUAUCGUUUUCCUUUCGAGCUGUAAUUCCGUUAAUUACUACUCUGAGUUAUUAAACUAUAUUGAUCUUCCGGUUCUUUCCAUCCACGGCAAGCAGAAACAGCAAAAGCGUACUUCUACAUUCUUCGAAUUCGUCAACAGCGAACGAGGUAUUCUCAUCUGUACCGAUGUUGCCGCUCGUGGUCUCGAUAUUCCCGAGAUUGAUUACGUUGUCCAAUACGAUCCUCCUGAUGAUCCACGUGACUAUAUUCAUCGUGUCGGUCGUACUGCACGUGGUGCCAAGGCCAAAGGUCGCAGUCUGAUGUUUUUGCAGCCUUCUGAAAUGGGCUUUUUGACGCACUUGAAAGAGGCGAAAGUACCUGUUGUGGAAUUUGAGUUCCCUCAGAAGAAGAUUAUCAACGUUCAGUCGCAACUUGAGAAACUCAUCUCCCAAAACUACUACCUCAACAAAUCCGCCAAAGAAGGUUAUCGAUCAUAUAUCAACGCCUAUGCGUCUCACUCCCUCCGCUCCGUCUUUGACGUCAACAAACUGGACCUCAUCAAGAUCGCCAAAAGCUUCGGUUUCUCCACCCCGCCACGCGUCGAUAUCACCCUAGGCGCAAGCAUGAGCAGAGAUAAGAAGGUGCAGGGACGACGAACUUACGGAAGCCAGCCCAAGCAAGCCAACCGAUUCAAGCGAAAGCGUGACGAGUAA